AUGGCAAAUACCCUGGCUAUGAAAGCCUUGUCUUUUGCCUCCGAUGAACAUAAUCCACACUUGGAGCUCACUGUUAGUGCACGGAAGAAGGUAUCAUCGGUUCUUGAUCAUCUCAAUCGCAAGUGGGGAAAUUCAAGCAUAGCUUCGGGGGAGCUGAUUCUUUUCCCAUACAAUGUUCAAAGGGAAAACCUAGAGGGUUGUCAGAGAUGGACGCAGGACACUAUUGCCUGUGCAGCAGAUGUAUAUGCCAGCAUAGGAAAUCCCCCGGUUUUUCGCUUAAGGUAUGGUUGGUUCUGCAAUACCGAACUUGAAGCUGUGGCGUUUCAAGCUCCUUCAACAUCUAUCCAUUUUCAGGAGGAGCAUAGGAGUAUGAAUGUCUCUGAAGGAACAGAGCAAAGUUUGGGUGCAAAACCACGACCUGCACCUCUUAGUCACCACCAUUCCGAGCAGCUUCCGGAGUGUCCAAAGGACCAGCCCUCUCCAAUGGAGAGCACUUCUCAUAUGCCUUCAUAUAUUGAUUUGUCCGUGGGGAUGACUGGUUAUGCUAAUACAGAACCUGAGAACAAUCUUCGCGUGUCCUCGAUUAAUUCAUCGUGGUUUAUAAAAGAAACUGGAGGUGGAAAUAUGAGAAGACAAUGGGAGGAUCUGGAUAAUCCUAGAAUGGGCAAUGGUACCUCAUUGUCAGCUGGGGAGUGGGCUGAUAGCCUAACCAACAUUAGCAUUGGAGAACUACUAUCAGAGGAGUCCCGUGGUAUAGAAUCCACCUCUAUUGAUCGACCUACCGAAGGAGGCUCUCAGUAUCUUCAGCAGAUUCCUUUCAGUUGUGACUCAUUUGAUGCUGCCAUUGCUGCUCAUAUAUCUCGUCAUCAAGACAGGUCUGGCCUACUAUUGGACCAGGUGUCCCAUUCAUCUUCCAUCUGGGAUGCUGAAGAAACAUGUGAUGGCUUCUCAUUUCAAAUGGUUGCAGCCUUAAAACAUGAGGAUGCUAGCUCCCAUGGAAAUGCUUCUCUGGGAGCAUUCCAACCAAGCGGCAAUACAAAUUCAACGAGUUCUAGAGGCAUAGUUGAGGAGUUGCCUGAAGAACAGCACUUGGCUGAUUCUGGUUGCGAAGGAGAUCCCAUGGAUUACUUUGAGCCGGACACACAUGGCACUGAUGAUGCUGCCAAGGAUUUUGGCCCCGACAACUCAGUGGGUGUCCAUGCGUUAACGGAUAUUUAUUGGCCAGAUUCUUUGGGACCAUUAGAUUUUGAUAUACCUUCAUCUAGAUACCAUGCCCAAGAUCCUAUGCUCGGGGAUAGUAUAAGCCUCAGUGGAUUGAAUCGUUUGAUAGCCAGCAGUCUGGAUGCAUUUCAGAACUGCUCUUUCUUCAGCUUGGACAAGAAAGAACUGUCAUCAACAGGUGAAGCACGUGCAACAUCCUCGUUUUCGGACUACAAAAUUGGUGGUGAAGUUUAAGAUUUACCAAACUGUAAACUGUUGAUACGAGAUACUUUGGGUCCCUCUAACCCACCAACUAAAAAAGGAAAGAAAAUCAACACCAACCAAAGUGAACUGAUGUGUGUUAAAGCAUGAGAUCUGUUUUCUAAUGGGGACUAGUGAUUGGAGAAGACUUAAAUGGGGACUGGUGACUGGAGAAGAUUUAAGUUGCCUUCUCCUGAAUGUGCUCGUCCAUGGGGCUACAGGCGUGCUGGUGAGACCGAACUGAAUCUGCAUUUAGGUGUAGUCAACUUCCUGAUCCAGAAUCUUGGCCUUGUGUACAAAUUGAUGUGAAAAGCUGUAAGCUUAUUGUUUUUAAAAAAGAAAAAAAUCUGUAGAGUUUGAAACAAUGGCUGAUGAAUUCAGGCCCAUGGUUACAAAUUUGUAUAUUUGACCAAAUUUGGUUCAAUACUUGGCUAAUCAUUAACAAUUUGUGUUGGUUUGAAGCCUAA